GUAAAAAUGGGAUGCUACACCCCCCCACUAGAAAUGGCCCAGGAACGCCACUGUUUAUAACAUAGUUUUAACACGCUUUGAAAAUAAUGCUGACGUCAGCAAUAGUAUUUUAAAAACUCCCUGACUCAAGGAAAAAUAAUUGUAGCUCGCAAAAGCGAUCUAGCAAAUAUGCAACACAGAACGCUUUGUAGCUGUGGUAUUUUAGAUUUUAGAAUUUUUACGUGACAUGCUGAAUUAAUUAUAUAUUUUCUGUUUUGACAUUUUAGACUUAACAAAACCAAAGACGACAACGAAACGCUGAUACCUGUCUACAAAACGUGCAUAAAUUAUAGUCGAGACAUUUGCGGAAGUGUUGAAAAGAAAAACUCUUCUGAAAAUGCUUUGCAGAAUAAUGACGACGAAAUAAAAACAAUUCUGAACGCAGUUUCAUUCACGAAAAAUAGUUCGACAUGCAAAAGGAGUCUUGAAAAUACGUUGUGUAUUAAGAAAUAUCUCAGUUGUGGGAAUGGAGGUUUUGGAGGAGACACAGAAGCUCGACUGGCUUCUGAAACGAAUACAUUUUGCAAAACUUGUUUUAACGAUUCUCAAAUUAAAAGCAAUACCUUACUUGAAAGAGAGAUGUAUAAUUGGUUGAAAAACUUGAGUUGUAUUAGUCAAUUAUUUGAAGAAAAAGAUAAAAGCAGUACAUCAGGUGAGUUAUAGGGUUUUUCGUAUGUAUAUUGAGCUAGUAAAAUUUUCCCUAUCUUUCUUCUCUCUCCAGAUAUUGUAUUUUAUUUUAUAAUUAUAUGCUCUUACGACGACGUCAAAAGCGUGCGUGGUAUAAGUUUUAACAUAGUUAAUAGAAUAGAUGGUUUGGAAAUACCUUAGAACAACAAUAUAACUCAUUAUCUAUGUCAGUCAACGUUUAUUUAUAAAUCUGGUCCUUCACCGUCACGUGAGUAUUGUAUUUUUGCUCAACUAACCAAUAGCAAUGUCUUAGGAAAGUUACCUAUCCGUGACUUGAACAAUAGGGUAAAUUGGAAAUUGCUAUUGGUGGAUUUGGCAAAAAUACGAUAAACACGUGACGGUGAAGGACCAUAUUUAUGAAUAAACGUUUACUAACAUAGAUAAUGAGUUAUAUUGUUAUUCUAAUGAGUUUCUAAACCAUCUAUUCUAUUAACUAUGGUUUUAACCAUAUAUCUUAACCCUCCUGUGCGCUAGUUUCGUAUCAAGAAAAAGACUAUUCCAGAGUUUACUGUAGCUUCGAGUAUAGCAGGGAUAAAGUCUGGAAUAAUCUUCCUCUUGAUGCGAAAUAAGCGCAAUCAGUGCGCGCGAGGGAGGGCGGGAAGGGGAAAGAAGCAGAGACGUCUGGCGGAUACAUUUUAAAGGUGGCGGACAGUUCAAUGGUGAGCGUUUUGCAAAACUACAAUAGGCCAGUCCAUUUUGCGAAUUUAAGAAAAUAAAGUGCCUUGUUAUAAAAAAGUACCUUUUAUAUAAAGCCCUUCAACAAAUUUUCAUAUUCCACAUCCGCGCCGCCUUUUCCCCGCGAGCCGCAUUUUCCUCUCGUCGGUCUCCACCAUGCACAGAUAUUGUGGAGGAGGCAGGUCGAACAGGAUUUUGUUCACGGCAGUUUCGACGAAAUGGAAACCAGGCUUAAGAUACAGUAUGUUUACUUUUUUGGAAACUCGCAUGCCUUUUAGUUGGCACCGUUUUGUCUUAUGAUUCUUAUAAUAUUUGAUAAUGCUUUAGAUUUUAAUACAGAGUGUUCGACUACUAUAUUUUAAGGUCUCCAUUACUAGCAAGCACACCGUGAAGAUGCAAAAUAUGCUGGCGUCAUUCUCUAAUGUUAUUCUGGUCCCAUUCGUACUCGUAGUCAAACCUACGUAGUCAACUUGGACAUGUUCCCCGUAACACUUCGUGACUGGCAACUCCCAUCAACUCCCAUCCUCGUUUGAUCGGGCCUGAACUAACGUGUAGUCCAAUUAGUCUCACGCCGCCAUUUCUGGGUGGCAACCUUUUUUAGAACAGGAUAGUAGCUAAGCAAUGAAAUGAAACUUUCUAUAAUUAUAGUUGUAAGUGUAUAAUCAUUAUAAAUAGAUUUACAGUUAAAUAUUUGAAAAAUUAUUUUCACAUUGUUUAUACAAUGGUACCCAAAAAUGGCGGAAUUAGACCUUCGUGAGAAAGGCUAAUUUGAUAAAAUUUAAAUAUUUACUUCCAAAUUUUUUUAGAAACGAAUUUCAGUUCUUGUUCAUAUCCAUUAGUAAAAGAUGAAAAUAACACGUGUCGUAUUCCAUGUGACUGGUCCUUGAUGAGUCCAAGACUACGAGAUAUUUAUUACGUUGUUAUGAUUAUCAAUUUUUGGGCUGCACUUAUUACAACCGUCAUUACGCUGGCAACACUUGCGUCAUUUCGUAAAAUGUAUGUAUAUUGUAUUUGAUGACUUUUCAUCUGACGUCACAUUAAUUUUGAUGUACAUUUUAUGUAUUAAACACCGCGGUCAAACGUCAAGCGCAUGCGCGGGUCUUAAUAUUAAUGGUUAGUCAGAGAAACUGAAUGACAAAUUGAAAUUUUAAUCUUAAACAAUGAAAUCCCAGAAAUACUCGUAAAUAGUUCUAUAUUUUUUAUUUAUCGUUUAUAUUAUAAUGUUGGGCAAUUUCCAUCAAUCGGGCACGUUUUUGCCCCCCGCCCUCUAAUUGUUUUCCGCCCGUACGUCUAUAAUAUGCAUGAAAGAUGCAAUAUACCCACAGUCCUACCAAUGUAAUUUGGACGAAUAUCUUCAUGUCAACAAGGUUGGGGGAGUUUAAAUGUAGCUCUUUACAGAUUUCAGAUAACAACAUGCCCUGCUAUAUGUAUAUGUGCAAUUUAAAGAAACAGCUAAAGGCAACCUCGUUCCCAGGGCUUUUCUCUUUUUGUCAUUGGGAAGAAAGUUACUUUAUAAGGGAGGGGAUUUCACUGCUUUUUCCUUGUGACAAGAAGAAGUCAUACUCAUGCAGUUUACACCCUCGUAAUUUUCUUUUCCGCUUUUGCUAGAGCAGUAGAGCUUCCUGUAGACAAUGCUAUUUCCAGUCAUUCGAGUGCAAGGAGUCAGUGCGCGGACGUUUAACCGCGGUGUGUUCAUAUUACGUUAGGAUUAAAGCUAUGAUUUUAUCGCGAACUAUAAAAUUGCACAUACAUAUAGCAGGGCAUGUUGUUAUCUGAAAUCUGUAAGGAGCUAUAUUUAACUCCCCCAUUUUUGUUGACCUGAAGAUAUUCGUCCAAAUUACAUUGGUAGAAUUGUGGAUAUAUUGCAUCUUUCAUACAGUAAGGCGUACGGGCAGAAAACAAUUAGGGGGGAAGGGACAGAAACCUGCCCUUUGUCAUUCAGGUUCUCUAACUAACCAUUAAUACUAGUCUUUCAACAUUAAUAUCAUUACAAAAUACCUUAUAGCGAGGUGAGCUAGCGAGGUGAGCUAGCGAGGUGAGCAGGCCUUUGCCCAAUUUAUUAUUUGGAAUUGCCCAAUUAAACACUGACUUGGGGGGGGGGGGGGCUGCAGACCCUGUCUCGUACGCCUAUGAUUUCAUGCAUAUAAAUUAUAUAUUGUUCUUUUUGCUCCAUUUAGGCGUGAAUUUCCACACAUAGUUCGUUUUUAUAUUUUGAUUUGUUCAGCAAUGUAUGGUAAGUAAGGAUACAUCAUUAAGACAAUCUCCAGAAAAAUAGCACUAAAUGCCAUGAUCUAAUCGUAGUAAAAACUAGGAUUUUAGAACUUGCUAAUGCCGAUGUUCUUUAAACUGUCGCUGUUAUUGCAGUGACACUCUUAUAGUGUUAUACUGUAUAAUCUCAAACUCAUCAACGAUUCGUGCAAUAAAUUGAAAAGGCCCUUUGCAGGCUCUAGGGGGCCGCACGCUACUGAAUUACAUGUGUAAAUUAGACAACAAUGUUGCUUCAGUCAUUGCUCACAUGGUGAUAUUUCUUGAGAUGAGAUAAAAUAUCGUGUCUAGAAUAUCUUGCCUAUAUUCUUGGGUUUCAUAUGACGUCACAAAAGUGACGGGGGUUCAACUCUAAAACAAAACACAGUUAUCAGAGUGAGUCGAUUGUUCGUUUUAUGUAUUAGCCUUGGGUUUGGUGGCAAAUACGUGGAAUUUCGUAUCAUUUUCUCACUCCAGUACAGCAUAAGCAUCAAUGCAUUUGAGGUUGACCCCCCGUCGGAUUCACUGCAUAAUGCCUUAGUGAAACCCAAGAAUAGAUUCAUUCUCGUAUUUCAGAAAUGUUUUCUUAAGUCCAGAAUUUUUCUCUUUGGCAGUUUGGGUUGUUGUUGAGAAGAAAUCAUUUCUUAAAAAAACAAAAAAGAUUGUAAAAUAAGAAUUUAAUUCUAUAGGCUAGAGUAGAGUUUUUGCAGUGCAAAUUACUGUACCAUUGUCACCACCUUUGUUGUUUUUAGCAACAUCUAGUUUACUGCCGUUACGUAUUGGACUUGCUAAGGUGUACUGUGGAGAAGAACGAUUCUGGAAUGAAGAUGGACAUAGCACGACACCAACAAUUAUUGAAGGUAUAGGAAAUGAUAGUUCAAACCACGGUUGAAACAAUUGAUUUACAAAUUCAUUUAUUUAUAAAACUACUUAAAUGCCCAACAUCAAUUGAUUAAUUGGCUGAUAUACAUAUAGUCUGCAUGUCUUCAUUAGCUAAAUACAAAAACAGAAAUUACGUUCUUGUACAAAUUCUUAUUUGAAUUUAUUUGUUUUGCGGCUUUUGUUUUUAAUAAAAAAUUUCAUUACGAAAGUACGACAACAUAAAUAUGUCUGAAGAUGAGCAUCUAUUAGCAUUAAAAUCCUAAUAAAGAAAAAUAAUUGAGUUUUAAAUAAGAUAAAUUUCGAUGGAUGAUCGUCUCGAUCUAUUAAAUUUGUUUCAAAUUAUUGUUUCAAAAACAUUAUAAACAAAAUCCUAUAACAUUCUUCUUUGACUGUAUGCAUAAGCCUGUACAAAUAUAAAAAAGUCUUUUAUUUCGCAAAUAUUCAUCGACAACAAUUUCUUCUACUCCAACUGUCAACCAAUUUUCAUUUUAGCAGUCGUUUCGCACUACUUUUUUUUAGACGUUUUUCUUGGUCAAAAUGUUACGUAUCAUAAUUAAGAUUUAUUUUAUAGUCAUACGCCCAUAUAGGUCAAAGAAGUAAUUAAUAUUAUUCAUAGAUUUUAUUCACAUCACACAACAAUUAAACCUCUCCAAUUGCAUACGAAUUCUUUCAUUUUAGCUAUACCGUUUUGCACUACUUUUUCUUGAACUUUUUUUUGGUAGUUAUUUUAUGUCAUCAUAAAUUUUAUUUCGUGUCUAGGUUAAUACACGAUCAUGUAAGCUUUAUUUAUAUCAUUACACAAUACAGUUUGCACUUUUCCAAUUAAUUGUAUUAUAUGAAUUUGUUCAUGCAUGGUCUUUUUCACAGGUCAAAGUCAGCGAUAAGUGCAUGUUAAGAGCUAUAGUCACUAUAGGUUUUAUUAAUAUCACACAAUGACAACUUGUACCCUGUACUACUCCAACUAAUUUAGAAUUCUUUCAUCUUAGGAGUCAUUUCUCACUAUUUUUUCCUGGCAUUUUGUUUCUGGUCGUUAUGUUAUGUUAUCAACGCCUAUUCUGUAAUCAUCAAACGGGCACACAAAGUAUUCGACAAGAAACGUAAAUACCAUCUUAUCCAGUUUUCUAUCUGUUCAACUCUUCCCGCUCUGCUUGUUGCAGUCAAUAUGGCAGUCAAAAAACCUGGAUAUAAAUCAGUGUUUUUGGAUCGAAUGACUUCUGUAUUUACAUCACCAGUACUUGAGUAUUUGACGUUUACACUUCCAGUGCAAAUUGCUAUUGGUAUUUCGGUAUCUCUUCUCUGGUCUAUAAUACGCUUCGUUAGGAAGGUAAGUUUAAACGUAUUCUAUGGAAACGUAUGAUUGGAAACCCAUCUGAGAAGUUUGAUUAUUUCUGUCUUCUUAUGCGGAAUAUUUUUAUCCCAAAUAUAUAACAUUCCGCCACAGUGGAACGUAAUUACAAUACGUUAUUGGAAUGCUUUUUUGUGAUUAAACCCAGCAGUUGAGUGUAAGAGUGUCUGACUGUCUGUUUAGGUGUAUAAAAUGUUCAAUGUAACACUGUCAACUGUUUCUAUUUUCCAACUACACCAUUCAAUAGCGGUGAAAAUGUCCAAAGUGAAAUGAAGCGAAAAUUUAUCUUUCUCGUUAAUUUUUAUCUAAGCACGAAGUGACAUCUCGUCUUGCUGGGAUCGCUCGUCUCCCAUACGAAUAUAUGAUCUUUAUGAUGUACUGUAUUAGCAAGGGCAUGAGGGUAUCAAUCAGGGGAGGUUUCCGGCUAGGCUGGUCCGGUGUUGACAGGCCCUAAGACCAUGCUUCAUUCACACAAUGCAUGAUUUUCUUACUAUAGAUAAGGAACAUACACAGUAGGAAAUUUAUCACUAUACUACUAGAGCAUUGACGUACCAAGUUUCUUUGAUAGAUCAUAAAAAAACUGACAUACCUCCAACUUUAAUUGCAGGUGCGCCAGAAUAAAACGACGUUUCAAUCAGUGCGUCCAGACGAAGAUAUCAAGGGAUUCAUCAACGCUGAACGUCAGUUUAUAAAACUUGCUGUUUUAUUCAUUGUGACAGUUGCUGUUGUCUUAUCUUCCGAAGUCGUUAUAACAUAUCGAAAUGAGGAGUAUCUACACAAAGUUCAUGAAUACUUCCAUUGUUUGAAGGUAAAAAAUUAUCCUUAAACUUAUCCCAAUUACCAUUUUAUGCUAACCAGGUUAAAACUCUCUUGAAAAAGUUGACAAAAAGGUGCUUGUGCCGCGGUGUGAACUGAUUAUAUGUGGCAGAUUUGUUGUCAGGAAUACUGACGAAGUGCUGAAUCAACCUUUUUUUGAAUUCCUCAAUCUACAAAUGUUUGUAAAAUGGCUUUGAAGAAUUUCUAGCCCUAUGGGUAUUGUUGAAACAAGUAUCCUUACAUUUUCUUAAUUAUAUUUUUGCAACAAUGUAAAAGAUUUCAGUGAGGAUACAAGUAAAGAUUGAUUUGAUUUCAAUUGCCUUAGGUUGCCUGCACAAUACUGUACGUCGUAAUUUCAAAAUGGCGUUGCCAUAAGUAUUGAUACGAAUAUCAAUAUGUCGCAGAAGCUUUAUCUGGAAGAAUUUGUACAUGCACAUAUUUUCAUUUUACUGUAUGUUCAUGAUCUACUGUACUCUGUGUUUUUUUUUCACUGCAUGUGUUCUCGUAGCGUAUAGUAUAUGAAUUGUGAGUUCCUAGCGAAUCUAGGGACAUGUUUAGCCUGAAACGAUUUUAUUUCACAAUCCACUGUUCAUCCUUUGAUGCAACCGUUUUUCAUCAUAUAUCAUUUCAUUUUUAGGCAUCCAAUGGAAGCUGCCCAAAACCCGAGGUCCGAAUAUUCUUCCUGUCCAGCGUAAAAAUUUGUGGUCCUGGAAUUUAUUGCCUACUGAACUUUUUCUUGCUAUUUUUCAACAAAGACACUCGUGCUGUUUGGAGAAAGUGGCUUGACAAUAUACUACUCUGUAAGCGCACGGAAAAAGAUGAAAAACCUUCUUCAGGUCCCAGUGUUGUUUUGCCAACGAACAAUAAUAGAACACGACCACGGUCCUGUACUUUAGACACAAAUGCCAGCUUAAAUUCACUACACAAGUUGUCAACGUAUUCUACGCGUCUCGAAACACUUCGUUCAAAUGAAGAUAGUACAUCCAUCGCAGGAUCAAUUUCGCCAAAGGAGGAUUCGCCACUUAAAAUCAAUGGUAAUACCAGCUAAAUAGGAAACUGUAGAGUGCAACCUUCUAGCCGCCUUUCAGUGGUAUAACUCAAUGUUCGCUCGCUCAAGGAUUGUCGAAAACGUGUUAUACCACAAUUUCCAUUGGAAACCAAGGAAAAAUUCAAAAUCCAAACUGUGUUCGUGACCGGGUAAAAACUUGUCAAACGUAUUCCAUGCAUGUUCCAAAUAUCAAUAUCAUAUAGGUAGUAUAGUAUUAUUUAAAAGAUAGCAAAUGGUUUGCACUUCUUGUAUAUAGAAAAAUAACAAAUAUAACUAUAGCAAAUAAAUAGAUACUGUACAGACUGUACAGAUACUGUAGAUGUUGAUCUUUACAUUAUGCGAACGUUCUCUACUUCGAUCACGCACUUGCUGUUGAUGUCGGCGCAGAUUGGAAGACUUGGAGAAUAAUUUUCCACCGAUAUGACAAGGACGAGACAUAUUUACUGAAUUACUCAACGACCGACUGACUGAUAGACAAUGAACUACUACAUAAACAACACAUGGUUUAUAUUAUGUCAGAGAUCAAGGGGUCCUAGCGAUCCUUAGCUUUAUAAAAGCUAGUUCUAUGUAUUUCUCAUUCAUGCAGUUCAACAGCAAGCACUAUUGAAUUCUGCAUCCCAUAAACAAAUUCGAUUUCUACUAUGUAAUGAAUGUACGAAUUUCGCUCUUUUUAAUCUUGGACUUGACUGUGAGUUUGUUUGCUUCGAAGAAGACAGUUUUAUAUUUGUUGCUGCUUUUCGCACAGUGGUUGUCUCCGAACUUAAUAUUGUAUAUUUGUAUUAGAUGCGACGCUGCAUGGAGCGAUACAAGAACGGCAGUGCCAGUGAUUCAAACGGCGUACAACAUGUAGUGUUAUUGACAAGGUUGGGGCGCAUUCCUGCGAGAUUCCUAAAUAAAAUUCAAAACAAAUAAGUCUAUUUUUAAAUUACCAGAUGGCUAAUCCAAUACUAACAAAUUUCAAAGUGAGGUUUGGCAUACGAGUGGAGCGGCAUAUGAAUCAAUGUCGCUCCAACCUCGAACUUGUGUUGUCGCUCCAAAUUCUGCUGUACUUUACAAUUGAUUCACGUCCCUCUUCUGUUGUACAUAAUUUGCCAAUAGACCUUAUGCAUAAUGACGUCACAGGGCUUGAUGCCCGCGAGGAAUGCUGGUCUUAGUAGUCAUCGUCCGGGAAAAUUAAACAAUUCAAAAUGGCCACUAUCGAAAUUUUCCCGGGCGAUGAGUACUAAGACCAGCAUUCCUCGCGACAAGACAAGGUUCAUUAUAUAGUCAUGCUGAUUAUAAGAAAAAUUAGCAUUACUUGGUGUGACCUUCGAAAAUUGAAUAGAAAUAAAUUCAUUUAGUUUUUUAAUUGUACAAUUAUGCCGAAUCUUAUCAAAUUGGCAGAAAUUUGUUCUAUGAUCAUGGAUUAUUUCAUCCUUGAUAAAAACUAAAGGAAAUGUUAACAAGGGGGUAUACCCCAGGGGGUCCCCCAUCCUCUACACACCCAAUCAUCCAUAAAAUAAUUUGUAUUACUGUUUAAAAAAUAUAGAUUACGUGAAAGGUACUCUUAAGUCACACACAUGUAGUGCGAUAGUGUAUUAUUGGUGACUGUUGUGAGAAAGUAUUCUUGCUUUUUGGUUUAAUAAAUUAAUUAAGUUGAGAAAUUCUAUGCUUUGUAACUGCAGGCGAUAUGACAUGCACAGAAUCGAGAAAUCAAAUUUUGACUAUAAUGACCGCACUCGCUAUUCACACUCCUGUAUAUAUUGACACUCCUGUAAAUUUAAUAUAAUUCGAAUUUCAAACAGCUGCAUCCAUUAUAUCUAGACGUCGACAG